AUUGUUUUUCCCGAUUAGUCGCGCAAAUCUCGUCGUCUUUCUUCAGUCUCUCGCUCUCCAUUUGUUUGUAGAUCCGCUCGCGUUUUCAACCCUUAAUCCAGAACCGAUACGUACCUGAAACAAACGAAAGGGUUAGACAGACAUGGCACUUCUCGAGGGAUUUUACAGAGUCAUCAUGCGCCGUAACUCCGUCUACGUCUCCUUCAUCAUCGCCGGCGCUUUCUUCGGCGAAAGGGCUGUGGAUUAUGGUGUUCAUAAGCUUUGGGAAAGCAAAAACGUUGGGAAACGGUAUGAAGACAUCUCUGUGUUGGGACAAAGGCCUAUUGAAGAAUGAGAUUUCUCCUUUGUUGUUGUUUUGCACUUACAAGUCUCUUUCUUUGUUGAAUAAAAUCAUUGGGAUGAUGGUUUUCAUAUACUUUCACCUAAACCUGCUAUUUGAUUCUGAUUAAUUAAAAGUUGUUUUUGCAUUGUGCAAUAAUUAAACCUUUGAAGACGUCUUUUCACUA